CGACGAUAUUCACGAAGUUUGAUACCUCACACAUUUUCCAUUUGUAUCGUGUACCUGGUGGACUAUACGGUCGACACGGCCAAACAAUAAUCAGCGACGAACUUGUUGUGGAAUCAAGUUUCUUUCUAACGGCGAGCGACAUACAAUAAGCUCGUUUGCUGAGUCGCUACAUAGUUGUCUUUCAGUUUGAAGAAUGGAUUUCCUUCAUACCAUAGAAAUGGCGCUCCCUGCCCUUAGACAACUGCUGACGUUUCUUACCUCACAAGAUGGAUCAGGAAGGGAAAACACUUUUUUCCACAAAGCACGUGCAUUUAUUGAUAAGGCCAUAUUCAUUUUGGAGCAAAUGGAGGAUCGAACAAAGAAGCAAUGCAGUGCCACGCUUAAUUUUAUUUUGUCCACUGCUUGGCUAGUUGUGCAAAACUUGCAUUCAGGGGAGUUUUUCAGUUCUGUUCGACGUGUCAUGAGGGACAUUAAAGAUGUGUUUAAUGGCCAGAUACCAAACUACAUGACCAGUAGUUAUGAAGAACUUCGAAGACUCUUGGAUACCACGUCAGUAAAACUGGAAAACAUCCGGUCUACCUGUUGUGCAAUAAUAGAACAGGUGAACGAUUCCGAUGAAUACAAUUGGGCCAGCCUCUUAACUGUUCGCCGCUUGAAGGCGCUUCGUUUGAAGGCUUCUUUUGAGAUCAGAGACUGCGAACAAAGUCUUGAUAGGGCACAUGUGAUUAUAGAAUUGCUACACAGCGAAGUCCAACAACAUGGAAUUAAACUUGGAUUGGGAUUCGUACUUGCCGCAUUAGUGACCUUUGGUUUGGGGUUUGGUGCUGUCCGGGCCGUUCAGCAAGGAGGAGGGCUGAGAGCAGGCAUCUUGGGAUGCGGUGGAGUAGCCAGUGCAAUCUGCUGUGUCAUGGUUGCAAGGAGACUCCAUGAAUAUAAAACUGCUUGGGAAGAAGUCAGACGAAGGCGAAGUCAAUACCAACAAUUAAGCAUUCGCUUAGAUUGGCUCAGAGAAACAGUAGAAAAAGAUCUGCAGGAAGGAGUUCAAUUGAUGAGCGUGCACGCCUCAGAGAGAAUGAUAAUUAUUUUCUCUAUAAUUUUAGCAUAUCUUGUCUAUAUUUUUGUUUAUUUUACGGAUCAAGUAAUUGACCCGCAAAAGAUUGAACUAUAAUAUAUAACACAUAGGAAACGUUUAUGGUGUGUUUUCAAGAACCUUUCAAGGCUGCUAACAGCCACUUUGUUGUUGAUCUCUCUCUCUCAAACGAAGAAAAACAAAAGAUUUUAAACAUUUGCUCGUUUUUCUGUGCUUGUGACAAAAUGACAAAAUUAUUGCACCAAACGUUUAAUCAGGAAAUAUUAUAUAUAGUCAACAAUAUUUUAAAGGUUUAGGAAUAUUGCUUUUGUUUUUAAACAUAUUCUGAAGGGUAUAAUAACGUAAUCGAGUACUAGUGCUCUAAAUUGAACUAGUGACUCUUAUUUAAAUUUGCCUAACAUGUCUUGCAAGUUAUACUCAGUAUUUCACUCUGUUGAAAAUUUAUACAUCGCAGAGCCCUACUGAGCAGGUUUUAAUUAUUCAAAGUCCUUAGCCUUCUCGCACAGACACGUGACACAGCCUUACACCACGUGAGCCUGCGUAAAGUGUCUGACCUCAUUAUGAACAACGUCAUCCUUUCGACAGUUUAAAAGCCCAUUCGGAGCAGUCAGGGUCUGAAAAAACCCGAAGGGGGCUGUUUUAGAAUUACAUUAAA